AUGUAUAAAUGCAGGCUGGUCCCAUGGCUAAGUUAUGGAAAAAGCAAUGAAGACGUACAAAAAAAAUACACAGUUUAUACUUCCAGUUACGAAAUGGGAACCUUGAAUAUCAUGAAAGAAUCUCCGCUUAGAUGUGUCUCGAAUUGGUGUUUUUCUCGAAAGUAGAGCUAGCGUUCGCAACUAUGCUUUGCAGAGGCCAAUUUACUUUAUUAACGUAAGAGCUGUUUGCAUAAAGGGAGGAAAAUUCUAGCACCAGAAAGAUGCUAGAAGACGGAAGACUUUUUAAUGGGGUUUACAUGCAGAAUUUUCUGUCCUUGUGGUUUCCAAGUAGAGAGGGAAUUUAAUGCCCCAUUCACACCAACUAAACAUGUUUAGUUUUAAAACCAGGUUUAAAAUAUGAAAAACAAACGUGAAAAAAAGUUCACAAAGCUUCACACAGGAUUCAUAUGAAAUUCAACAUGUUUUGUAAUUUGCACUAAAUUUGCAAUCAAUUUAAGUUAGUAAACAGCUUUUCUGAAGGAAAGAAAAUUCAAACCAAUUUUAACUAAACAGCUUUUAAACUUGUUUAAGCUCCGGUGUGAAUGGGGUUUAAAAAUGCAGUUUGGGCCCUUCUGGUCUCUUUACUGAGUUAAUAACUGCCUUCAAUUUCAGCAGAAUUAUCAAAAUUAACAGCUCUUGGUAACGCAAAACGAAAUAGUCGGCCUUGAUUGCUGUGAUUAUCCACUGAACGACCCACCGACAUUUUUGUCGGACUUGUCCCUAGUGCUUGGAUCUUCCUCGCGAAAGCAGUUUACAUGGUGCUAGGAUCUUCCUAGUACCAGGAUUUUCUCUCAGCUAGGAAGAUCUUAGUACUAGGACGAUCCUAGCGCUUAAGGGACAAGUACAACCUUUGGUAUGUAAUCUGAAUACUGAAAACAGGAUGAUCCUCCCUCUAGGAUCUUCCUGUUGAUAGGAUCUUCCUCUCUACGUGUAAACAGCCUUUCAGUUGAUAAAACCAAAUUUUUGAUUUCAUUUCCCAGCAGACGUGUCACCACAGAUUCUUUAGAAACUAAAACCCUAAUACAUCGAUUGGUUGAGCUUGGUCAAAUAAACUGUAUGUUCAACCUUUGAUUAAUAAAAGGGAAAAAAGGGACGUUUGUUCUUAAAAAGAAAAUGUUUCCUUAGUUUUUAGGUAAGCAGCAUUUGCUGAAUGAGAAAUAUGCUGCUUUAGAAAUUCUUUGUCUAUUUUGUUGCAGGAAAGUGUGCUGUUCAACAACUGAAGUUAGUCAAGCAUGAUAAGAGAAACUAUGCAAACAACGGGACGAUAGGUGUGUAACUACAGCCCCCUGUGGGCGGUGGUUAUGGAUCACGGAGCUCGCAAAGGGGAAUAUGCUAAUCUGUGAUUUAUCUGAUCCUUUGGAAACAAAAAUACAAAUUGUUUUUGCCAACCGUCGCACUAGAUAGAGAAAAAAUGGACGUUGCCAGAUUCUUUGCAGAGACGAGGCAUACCCUCCCCUCCUUCUUCCCUAACCCCAAAGCGUUUUGAAGUCUAGACGCUCCUGGAACGCCGUUCUGCACAUUUUUCAUAAGCGGUAUAUCUCACAAAAAGUAAUCCAGUUCCCAAGCACCCCCCCUUCAUAUAUAGUAUUGUGUUGCCGCUUAUUGUUUCCAUUCGUGAAAAUUUUCAAGAGGAUGAGGUAACGUGAGGGACGUUAAUCUAAGAGCAUUUAAUAUUUGACUGCACGAGCAGACCAGUCUAGCAAUUCGGCAGUCAGAUUAGUUUAUUCGUAAAUGCUACCGGUCUAGCCAGACAGUUCUGACUUUCGCAAAGCGCCUUUAUCUUUUGUUGUAUUUAAAAAAAAACAAAGAAACAAACAACAACAACAAUCCGCUUUUUAAGAAAAAAAAAUUCUUUAAACCCUAGAAGUCCCAUAUUACAAUAGUGAGGAAGAUGGUACAUUAUUUUCCAAUUAUGCAUUGGAAGAGUUAUCACCUUGCAGUGUAAUCACUGGUUACAGUUUCACUACCAGGACACAUAGACUCUUCAAGCUCCUUAUAAGUGCCAACGAAACUAAAAACAUGAAAGAGUACAAAGGCGACAAAUUUAAAGGUCAAAUUCCUGGCCCCUUUUGUUCAUAAGGUGGAUAAAACUAUCCACCAGAUAAAUCUCUGCGAAGCAGAAUAACCAUAACAUAGCAAAAACGUUCAAAAGACUUGAGGUAAAUAAGAGACUCCUUCAGAGCCGUAGACUUACAAAUUCUCGUUCAUGUUGGAAAACUGCUACUGUGGAUUGGUCGGAAUCAUUUGCGUUAGUGAUCUGGGACAUUCUCAUUAAAGCAGAAUUGCAAGAACUUUGAAAGAAAAUUUGACCACAUCUGAAGAUCCACCCGUGCGGUGGCAGCUCCUUGCUGUUCAUAGCAACUAGGCAAAGGCUAAAUAGCGAAAUUCCCUCUUAAGUACUUUUGCGGAUGUGUUAAAGAACCGACUCAGCCAGGAAGGUGUUUUGUGUGCGUCCAGUGAGUCAAAUACUUUAACAAGUACGUGUAACAGCUCAAGGUCUUCUUGAUUCAUAAUCUAACACGUUUAUUACAAAAAUCCGUUUGAUAUUUUUUGUUUUCAGACAGAUUAUAUUGUGAGCAAUAACGAAGAAGCCUGGGUGUAUCAUUACUACUUCUCUGAACCAAUUCCUGCUCGUUUUGUGCAGUUUUCCGCUGAUCAAAGCGAAGACUCACAGUGUUUGUAUGGUCUGACUUUGAGUGGUUGCACGUUAGGUAUGAACGCAAAGCGAGGUUAAGUUACGAAGGGUUAAUAAAUUGAUAGAGAUAAUGUUUUGCAACAUGUUAUUUUUUUUCAGUCAAUUCUUUUUAACAAUGAAAUAGAAAAAACAUUAAUUGAAAAAGAUUCCUACAACUAGUUCAGAUGAAUAAAACGGCAAUGGUUUGUACUUAAAAGGCCUUGAUAUGUGGACUUGCGUACACAAGUGCGUUGGGUAGGUCAGAAUAUUUCUGCGCCUCUGUCGCUGUCUUUUGUUUACAAACAAACUUCUUUUCAUUUAUGCCACAUAAGGAAACAACAAAGGCUUCUAAUUUUAGUCUUGAACAUUUUCUUCUUAAAGGUCAAAUGAACCAAAAUUUUGACCUUUUAGUUCAAUUGUAGUGAAAUGUGUUUAGUAUGAAUCAAAUAAACAUACUAUGAAGUUUCAGCUCAAUUCAAACAAGUAUCUCUGAGAUAUUCGCAAUUAAACAUUGCUGUUUUUUGGCCCUUAUCUUCGUAGGGCGGUCGGAAAAAUUGCCGAAAAAAACAGCUUGUGACGUCAGUGAUGGUCAGGUAAAAAGCGGGAAAUUCAAAACAGAGUUUUUCGAGUCGACUUGGCGCAGAAGUGGUUUGUGCGGCCAUAAACGUGGAAAGAACAGGCAAUUUGUCUUCAAAAGCUGCAAGCUGUGGUUAUAACCUAGCUUCUUAUUAUUUAAUUUUCUCGAAGAAUACAUCAUAGUAAAACGGACUUUAACGACAUUUACUAAUUUCCUUGAGUUGUACUGGAAAUGUGCGUGCGUAAGUCCCUGGAUAUAUAAGGUCCGGAGCUCCACCGUGGACACAAAAACAAAAUAUCUUUGUAUAAUAAUCUGCCCAAAGAAAUUAAAGUUUACCCACAAUGUGUUUGAAGUCACUGAACUUUGUCGCACUCGAGCUGAUAUUUUAAAACCAGCGCUCGAUCCCACAUUUCUAGCGUCGCAGAUCAGUGAAAUAUAAACAAAAUCCUCAAUGUAGCAGUCUUGGCGUUGAUAUGUGGGCAGAAAAAGAGUUAAUCAUUAUCUAGUAAAUCUUCCCCAAGAUCGGUUUUAAAGCAACCAUAGCUUGCUGGCCUUCUAAAGUUCCGAGGAAGUUUUCAGCGCUCAAGUUUGUUCACUCGCAAGCGUUAGCAUUACGGUUCUUCGACUGACGACAAGGAUAAAGCUGGUUCUGCAAAGGUAAAUAAAUCUGGGCAUGUAAAAAACUAACCGUAACCUACUAAUGACAGAAUACAAGCGGGUUUUAAUUCAGUCCGGCGAAAGAAGGCGAAGAACUGGACACAAAAUCAAUUCACAAAUCGAAUGCACGAUUAUCUGAAAAAUACAAACCUCUUUGGAAAUGUUCAAAAAGUUUUAUUCCUCCUCAGACUGACGGAUGAUCUGUUUUUACUCUAACAUUGGUUGUUCUGAAUCCAAAGUAAUUUUCAAGUGACGAAAAACAACAACAAAAAAAGCCUUUACAAGGCGCAAACGUUCCCACCUCGUGAACUUCAUUCAGUCUCAGUCAGAACUCUUACAGAACGAGACAAACAAACGCAGGCUAUAAGGAAUGCGCAGAAGCUUGCGCAGAACGCUUUCCCGCCCUUGACUUCACGUAGUCUCCAGUUUAUCACGCGGCCAUUUCAGAAACUUUUUCGUGAAGUUUUCGGAAAUGCUCGGAUUUUGAUCUUUUAUCUUUCUAUAAAGGCUUGGGAGGGAAAAUCUUUACCCAAAUCUCACUUAGGAUGGUUCUUUUUAGUGUUUGGUGAAGGUAAAGCGACAAAAGAAAAUAUGUCAAUUUUUUGGUUCAUUUGACCUUUAAAAUGUGUCCUUUGAAAGGAAAAUUAAGAGUCGAAAACAUCAAUUAAUUCGCUAACGGCCUUUUAAAAUGGACCGUUGCUGAAUUGGUUGAUAUUUUCUACCUGUUUUGCUCAGUCUCAUCACGUAAUGCUGUUGCAUCAGGCCUCAGGCCAAACCGAAAGACAUGUAUGGAAAAACGAAAUGAAUAUGCUUUACUCCGCAAUUUUAUGAUAACGUGUAAAAAUGGUGAUCACUUGGUACUUUGUUUUAAGCAAAUAAACAAUUUCAUGUUUAAAGCUUUCUCCACACCCUCAAGUAAGCCACGUCCCAGAAAGUAUUAAAAGAAGAAAAUUCUAAAGCACUACGACGAACGUUUAGGUAAAUACGCUGAGUGUGCCAGCAUGUAUGGCUAGAAUUACAUGAAAGGUCUUCGUAACGACCAUGGAACUUGUUAUUGGUUUGCUUCUUUUUGCAGUAAAGUCUCGAUGUAAACCAAAGAGUUUUACGGCUGAUGACAUUCUGUGUGGUGAUCGCCAAAGUUCUCUUCUUAAUAAGGAAGAAGUUAGAAAGCUGGCUUCCUGCAGUCUUAUUACCGGUUAUCAGUUAGCGUCAAAUGUAUCAAGGAGCCACAAAUUGAUGAUAAGCGGGUUGAAUUCCAAGCUGUUGACGGAAUGA